UGUGUUAACACUUGUUCCUUCUCAGGUGUGAACACAGUAACCACACUAGUGGAGAGCAAGAAGGCACAGCUGGUCGUUAUUUCUCACGAUGUGGAUCCCAUUGAGCUGGUGGUGUUCUUGCCUGCUCUGUGCCGUAAGAUGGGUGUCCCAUACUGCAUCGUAAAGGGCAAAGCCAGACUGGGCAAACUUGUGCACAGAAAGACCUGCACCUCUGUUGCCUUCACACAG